AUGUGGACUGUUGUACCAACUCGUGUUCAAACUCAACAACCUCAACAAGCUUAUUUACGUCCAAUAAAUAAUAGUUUUGCUUUAUUACCAAGUGAAAAAGUCUAUCGUGAAUGGGAAUAUAAAGAUAAUCUAUGUUGUUGUAAUAAUGGAUAUUAUACAGUUCUUACAGAUAUUCGACUUCUUACACGAUAUCAAGAAUAUAUGUGUUGUGGAGGAUGUUCUGAUCCUGCACAUACAGAUUCAGCUAUUUUUUUACAUAAUAUUGAUCAAAUGCGUGAAUGUCGUGGUGAACAACCAACAUUUUUCUUUCUUCUUUGGAUGACAUUGAUAUGUGCAUGGCCUUGUUAUGUUGUACGUCGUAUAUUUUGUCCAAAACCAAAAUGUCUGGAAGUUUUUGGUUCGUUUGGUUCUGAAAUGAUACGAUUUGAUAAAGACGAUAUGCCAAUAGCUCAAGUUGAUAUUUCAACAGCAAUUAUUAAUACAAAAUUAGUUGGACGAUCUUAA